CUCCCUCCCCCUCAGUAUUGUUAUCUCCGCUCAGACGGGUGGCGCACUUCUCUCUCCAGCCGGCUCAGCGCUCACACACACACACACCGCCUGCCCGCCAUGGAGGACCAGUCCCACAACAUCUCAUCCAGUCACGGCGCCCCGGAGCCCGACAUGGACGACAUCCUGGACCUGACCGGAGGACAGUACGCCCGCAAGGUGGAGGAGGAUGAGGAGGACAGGCGCAGCUAUUCGGACAGCCUGGAGCCGUCCCCGGAGAGUGAGGAGCCCAGCAGUGACCUCCCUCCCCCUCCCCCCCGGGGGCCCCUUCCUGUCAUCCCCACCGCGCCUAUAGAAGAGGAGCACGACAUCCCGACCUCACCGUACGGCCCCCCCACCACCACCACCGGAUCUGUGGAUGUGAACCUCUUUCCUCUUCCUGCUUCACCUGCACCUCUGAUGCAAUCCUCUGCAGAUAAUGUAAUGGAUUUGCAGCAGCCUUCUAGCACUGCGCCAGCUGGCAAAGAGGACUUUUCAUCUCUGCUGUUUGAAUCUACUACUACCCUUCCUUCUUUGUCUCCUCUGUCUCCUGAUUACCCUAAAGAGCACACAGCCACUAUCGCUUUCUCUGCUGACUCUACUACCCCAGAAGCUUUGCAAAGGUACUCUACAGAGACUGACUAUUCUGAAGGAAAAGACUACAAAUACACUUUUGGUCUAGGAGGUGUUGAAGAUGUCAUUUUUUCCGAUCGAGGUUAUGCCGUUGAACAUCCCACAUCUCAGCUGGAGUCUGCAUCUGUAGACCAAGCAAAACUGUACAGCCAGUCCGCUAAAGAGAUGUUUUCAGGAAUGCUUCAGUCUGUUGGACCGCCUCACGAAGCGUUUUCAGAUCUCAAAGAAGCAGUCGAUGAACACUAUGCGGACUUCAAACCAAUUGUUAGCACGGUGGGCUACGACUUUAAAGAUAUGGCUCUCGACUUUAAAAGCGAUGUCAGUCAUUUGAAUUUUGAAUCCAUAAAGCCUGAAGGAAAAUACAUUGAAGAGAAGGACCUAGACCUAUCUGAUGAUAUAUCUCCUGCAUCUCCUGAUGCUAUAUCCAAUUCCUCCAGUUAUGAAACGCUUGCUCCUUUACAAAAGGCCGCACCGUUGGCAUAUGGAGGAAAUCCAUUUACUGACAACAAACCUGAGAAGGGUGUGGAUAGAACGGAGACUUACUCAACAUCCCAUCUAGGUUCAAACGUUGCAACGGUUAAUCCUUUCCUAGAGCGCAUUGACAAAGAAGCAGAGUACAUCACAUCCAGCAAUGAAUCUGGAAUUGUAGGUGCCCAGGCUUCCAGCAAAGCUGAAGGACUCACCCCUGAUAUUGUACAAGAAGCUUAUGAAAGUGAGGUAUAUGAUCUUGGCAUUCCAAAGCUUAAUUACGAACCGAAAAUAGAUCUGGUUCAGACCACUGCGAAAGCAUCACAAGAAGUUGCCCCUCCAACACAAAACUCACCCCUGUUUGAAGAUUCAAACUCUGUCUCUUCACCAGUUCUUCCUGAUAUUGUCAUGGAGGCACCCUUGACAUCAGCCUCACAGCCUAACUUUUCCCCAGCAGGACAUGUCGGUGUGGUCAGUGAAGCGAAAAUAAAGUUUGAAUCCGAGAAACCUCCAUCCUAUGAAGAUGCCACGAAUAAGGCAAGCUUAAAAGAGCAGGUAACCACCGUGGCGCAUGUUGAGCCAGUGAAAGGGGUUCAAGCCGUAGAGGCUGAGGCACCAUACAUAUCCAUAGCAUGCGAUUUGAUAAAGGAGACCAUACCAGAAAAAGUUACCGAUUUCUCAAAGGCGCUGAAAAAUGAGUUUGAUUCCCAGUAUACUGCAUAUUAUGAUGAAAGCUCUCCCGAGUCGGAACCCAGUGAACCUUCAUACAAGCAUUGGAAGGCAGAAGUUAUCUCAAAGGAAGAGGUCGCCUCAAUAGGCAACGUGAAGUCUCAUGAUAUAUUCGAAAAGGAUCAAGAAAGCGAUCAGGAGGAAGUUGUGGAUAAAGCCUAUGUAGAGACCGGCUCUGGCUUUUUUGAAACAAAUUUGUUGGCCAAGGAACCGGUUGCACAAAUAUCAUCUAGUCAGGAGAAACCUUUACAGAUGGAAGCGUUUGGAAAAACUCUCUAUUUUGAAGAGGUGCCUCCCUUCAGAGAGCCUGUGCACUUUGAAAAGAUGACCUCCAAAAAGGAACAAGAAAGUGAUCAAAAGUGGCCCGAGGAAGUUGUGCAUAAAGCUUAUGCCGAGACUGCGUCUUACGGUUUUGAUAAAAAUAUGUUGGCUAAGGAACCGGUUAAACCGUUAUCUAGCCAGGAGAAACCUCUACAGAUGGAAGCGUUUGGAAAAGCUGUCUUUUCUGAAGGGGCGCCCCCCACUACCGAGCCCGUGCACUUUGAAAAGCCAUCCGCUGUAUCGUUUGUUCAGGAGUUCUCAAAACCUAGCAAGGAGGAUCAAGUUGAAGUUAAAAAGCAGGAUGAUCUUGUCCCGAAAGAUGAGCCGAAGAAAACAGACUUCCAUUCGCAGCAAAAAGCCAAAGAGAGUCCUCCAGCUUCUGAUAAGUUACUAGACUUUAGUAAAGGGAAGUCUGAAAUUGAAGACACUAUUCCUAAGCCUGCACCACCUACUAAGGGCGCAGAUGUCAUUUCGUCAAGUACAGAUAAAAAACAGCCCCCAGCUCCGCCUGCGUUGGGUGUUUGCAGUUACAAGUCAUCAGUCGUUGACCUCCUGUACUGGCGGGAUAUAAAGAAAUCCGGACUGGUGUUCGGUGCCAGCCUCUUCCUGUUGCUCUCUCUGACGGUGUUCAGCAUAGUGAGCGUUUCCGCAUACAUUGCCUUGGCCCUGCUGUCUGUCACCAUCAGCUUUAGAAUAUACAAGGGGGUGCUGCAAGCAAUUCAGAAGUCCGAGGAAGGCCAUCCAUUUAAAUGUUGUCUGGAUUCCAAUGUGGCGGUGUCCGAAGAACUUGUUCAUAAAUAUAGUAAUGUUGCCCUGGGACAUGUUAACUGCACUCUUAAGGAGCUGAGGCGUCUCUUCCUGGUGGAGGAUCUGGUGGAUUCUCUGAAGUUUGCAGUGUUGAUGUGGGUGUUCACCUAUAUCGGUGCCUUGUUCAAUGGCCUCACCUUACUGAUCCUGGCACUGAUUUCCUUGUUCAGUAUUCCUGUAAUUUAUGAAAGACAUCAGACUCAAGUGGAUCACUAUAUAGCACUCAUAAGCAAGAAUUUCAACAAUGUAAAAGACUUGAUCCUGGCUAAAGUCCCCGGACUGAAACGCAAAGCUGAUUAACUGCUACUAAAACAAUAAAGUCAAGUUUGCCGCAGAUACCAAUAGGAGCCUCGGAAUUUGAGCGCUGUGUAUUUGGAUGACUUGGGGUGGGUCAGGGGAAGACCAGCCUUGACAUUGCAGUGCAUUUUCCCAGAUCUCUACUCUUUUUUUAUUUUAAUAUUUUUUUCUGCAAUGCAGUGUUUAAGGAUCGACACGACCGUUUUACUGCCAUGUGUUUUCAUUCUGAGUAUUGUAAGCUGCUAUGUAUGAGUUUGAAACAAUUUUCUGUUUCUUCUCCUGUGUGAAGCACCGUUUAAUACAGAUCUUUAUUUGUUUUAUGGCAUGCUGUAUAUUGUGCUUCCCAAGUAGUCUUACUGCGCUUUCAUGGGCAUAAUGUUAAUCAAUUCUUGCACUGUGUAUGAAGAGUAAGUUGAGAUAUCUAUUCGGUCGCCCUUCAGCGUAGAACGGAGCCUUGGUUUGCACGCUGCCGUACAUCAACGGCUCCUCUGCCCUGAACGAGCCGCCGAACAAAAACCCCCCUCGCGAUCAUACCUAGAGAUAAAACGGCUUCUGUUCGGUAUGAUGGUAGCUCUAUCUCGUGAUUUUAUCGUUUUAUCAGUUGCCAAUAUCUAUAGUGUUUUCAGAGCCUCGCUCCCACAGUGCUUCUUUUUUAUUUUUAGGAUUGAAAUGACAUUCUAACUGCUAGCUCCAUCGCACAUACACCUAAAGACAAACAACGAUUUCUAGAAACACUAUUGUCUGUAUAAUGAACCAUUAUGUAUACCAAUAUAGGAACUUACACGUCGUCGCUCAGUAGUUGGGUUUGCACAACCACAUUUACACUCACUUGAACCUUCUGUGGACCGAGUACUAAAAAGCUGCAAAUUUUUGUUUUAAGAGAAAAAAAAAAAAUAAAGUCAAAUCUUGUUUGCAAGAACGUAAAGCGUUACCCAGCUGCAGGAAUGUGCUGAAGCAAGUCUUUGGAAUGCAUUGUGAUAUGUAAAAAACAACAAAAAACAAAACAAGUAUCAAUAAAGCUUGUAGACCUUAACUUGUCUAAAUGUUA